GGACCCCAGUGCAAGUCCAUUGGAAAAGGCAGCUACAACAAUGUAAUAGUCACCAGCAGUCCCAUGACAGUUCAACAGCUGGGACCUGUUUCACUUCCUGCUAAUCAGGUUUCAACAGCAUGCAACCUGAUCAACCCUAGCUUACAGAGGUCUAUGGAUGUUUCCACCCUGGGUCCUUCUCCAUCAAAUACAAGGUUGCUCUUGUCACAUGGGUCUCUGGCUCCUAUGACAUUAAGCUCGUCAGAAAGUCAGUCCACUUUGAGUGUUAAGCAAGAGUGGUCGCAUGGGUACAAGACACUUCCUUCUGUUGCUCCUGACCAAGGUUUUCAAAACAGCAGUGAGCUUGGGGACUUACUAAAUUUUUCACCUGGAACAUCUGUGUCUGGUAACUGCAUAUCUAACUCAUUACCAUCCUACUUAUAUGGCACAGAAAAUAAGCAUUCCCCUUACACUAGUCCUCACGAUUCCUCAGCCCAGUCUCAAUCAGCCUGCUCCAAAAAAAGAUCACUCACUCUAACUCCUCUGUCUGAUGGCAUUGGGAUUGACUUCAAUACAAUCGUCUGUACAUCCCCAACCUCUCUGGUGGCCUACAUCAACAGCUCCAGGACAUCACCAGCAAAUGUCUCCCCACAGCCUGAGGUCUAUGGACACUUUUUGGGAGUGAGAGGAAGCUGUAUACCCCAAAAUUGCUCUAUUCCAUCUUCCCAGAAAGACCUCCCCAUGGCUAAUGGCAAUAUCACCUUGUCAGGGUACACUGAUAAUGGGGCUGGCGAGUACCAGCGGAUGCAGCAGCUGGAGCAAACCAGCUUGCAGACGGAUGCUACCAGUAACAUGGUGAUCCAGGCAGGCAUGCUACCUGCAGACAACCAGGUGGUGGACAUCCUGAAAGAGGGACAGCUGGACGACUUCUCAAGCCAUACGGUUGACAUGCCUCUUCCACCCCUGCUGCCACCACCUCCUUCUCAAGGGCCACCACCACCAUACCACGCUCACCAGCACCGGCAUCCACACAACCUCCCCAGUUGCAUUCACUCGUUGGCUGUGCCUCUUUCUGCUCCAGGCUCCCUGCUUGAUGAAGACAGUGAGUCAGGUGAUUUCAACGGCAAGUAUGGCUGUUGUUGGGUAGACUGUGGUGCACUGUAUGACCAGCAAGAGGAACUUGUGCGGCACAUAGAGAAGAUUCAUAUAGACCAGAGGAAAGGAGAAGACUUUACUUGCUUCUGGGCAGGGUGCCCACGAAGGUACAAGCCAUUUAAUGCCCGUUAUAAACUGCUGAUUCACAUGAGAGUCCACUCAGGAGAGAAGCCGAACAAAUGCACAUUUGAGGGCUGUAAGAAAGCCUUUUCCAGACUAGAAAAUCUCAAGAUUCACUUAAGGAGCCAUACGGGUGAAAAGCCGUACCUUUGUCAGCACCCUGGCUGCCAGAAAGCAUUCAGCAACUCCAGCGACCGUGCCAAGCACCAGCGGACACACGUGGACACUAAACCUUAUGCAUGUCAGAUUCCAGGAUGUACAAAACGAUACACAGAUCCAAGUUCCCUGAGAAAGCAUGUGAAAGCUCAUUCUUCCAAAGACCAACAAGUGAGGAAAAAGUUGCGACCAAGCUCAGAGGUUGGCCUGGACAUCCUGAAUGACUGUCUUGCAGUCCAACCCCUCCAGCCAGCCCCAUCGCCACAUGAUGCUGCAGAUAAUACUAUGGGACACUCCCCAGGGCAUGCUCACAAUAUUUACCCAGCCAUGUUCCCCAGCACACAGACAAAUGGAAGUGCACCAGCAGCUGGGGCAGUGUCCUUCUCCCACCUCAGCAGCCACCUUUCCCCAGGACAUAAUGUACAGGGUACUGCUCUCCAUCCUCUGCUCUCAGCUGCAGACUCAGAGAGGUUUGUUGCUCCAGCUCCUUCUCACCAGAUCAACACCCAGGGAAUUUCAGUUCCGCGCCACAUGAUGCAGAGACAGAUGCCACAACCUCCCCACCUUCAACAGCCUGCAGCAAUGUCUCUAAAGACAUACCAGCCAGCAACAAACCCUUCUUUUCAAACAAAUAGCCUCCACAACCAAGGGUUAUAUGGGCAGCUUCAGACUUUCUGCCCUCCACAUUAUGCUGACACUCAGAAGAAUGUACAAGAUAGCGUUUCUUGCAAUACAGUUCCUCCUUUUGAAGACUGCUUAGUUCCCACAUCAGUGGACCAGGCAGGACUUGGCACUUUCCAUAGAACUUUUUCAACGCACUCUGAUAUUGCAGUUCAUGACUUUCCAGCAGAGUCGGUAGGUAUCUUUGGUGAUUCAGCUCACAGCAUGCCAGAGGAUAGCAGUUUCCUACAAGUAAAUGCAGUGGAUCGUUGUUCUAGCCAGCUUUCUUCUGUCUACACUGAAGGCUAAAGUAAUAUAAAUCUAGUUACAAGAACUCAAUUCCAUUUCAUCUUGCCCUUCUGAUAUUCCUCUACAAAAUUUUUCUCUCCAUGAAACUGCCAUGUAUGUGUGGGGAUAUGGGUUGAUAUACAUACAAAACGGAGAGGAAAAACCAGUCACCAAGCAUUCAUCAUACAAUCAAGCAGUCAACUGAGAAGGAGAAUGUUUAAAGAACGCAAGCUUUGCCAAAAACUUAGCAACUGUUUCUUUUCUUUUUAUCUGUGGCACAGCAACUCUACUUUUUUGUUCUUUCUUCUUUUUAAUUUCUUAACUUCUCAAAGGGAAUUCACAGACUGAAUAAGAAAGCUGCUUGUUGGCUGUAGUCCUUUCAAGCUGAAUGGGUGGACUUACUGAAGAAUACAGCUUUAGAAAAUUCCAUUUUUUUAUAAUUAAAAAAAAAAAAAGGAAAUGAAGUAAACCAGAGCAUACUACAAACAUUUCAAAGGCACACAGAUUUUUGCACAACCUGUUCACAUGUGAUGCUUCCAAAGUUAAACACACACCGGCAUCAAAAAGGGAGAGAAAUAAGACAUACAUCCUGGCAGUACCCACUGAAGGCAUUGGUGUGGCUUCUGUUUGGAGCCAAAGAUCAUUAGUACUGCAUUUCUUAGAGCCUCAGUUUAGGUGUCUUUUCCUUCUCUCUGCAUUUAAACACAAACAAUAUGGCCAUUGCUAUUUUUCCAAUAUUCCUUCUGACCCAGUGCUUUAUGCAGUGAAUAAGAAGGGUUAAAUGCACUACAUGAGAAGGUACAUGGACUUUGGUCGUAUUAGCACAGCUACUAGAUAAGAAAAAGUAUGUUUUAACUUUCUGUUGAUUUUUAAUUAUAUUGUAGAGCUUUAUUGCUGUAUAUGCUAUAGUACUCCAUAGAAAGGCUUAAAAUAGCCUGUAGAAAAGCUUAUUCCUUAAAUUCCACAGAUUUUUUUAAAAGCAAUCUGUACUGAUUCAAUUAAAUUUUUGUUGCCCUAACAUUUUUCAUUUCCAUAACACAUUUUCAGGAAGAAGAGCUACUCUUAAGUUUGCUAUGAUCCUUUUGGUUAUUUAGAGAUGUAAAAAUGAACUGGUCUGGUGGUUUUGAUUUUCCCACUCAGUGUCAGGCUCUGGUCCUCAAAUUUAGUCCAGAAUGCAAGCUAAUGAGGUUGCUCUUUGUGAAAAGAGAAGGCGAUGAGUUUAAAACAGCAUUUUGCAGUGGACAUGUGUCAUCACUGUGAUCCUAUAUACUUUGGGAGCAACUCUUACAAGACUGAGUUUUUAGGUUAUUAAUUCCUGUUUAUCCAUUUUACAGACUUCCUACUGUGUAGUGUGCAUCGUAAUAUUCAUAUAACUUGAUUUAAUAAGGACAAAAAUCCAAAGUUCAUUCUUACAGGCUAGACCAUAACAAUGCUUCUGAAAUUAGUCAUCUAGAAAAAUGAAUUAUAAAAAAAGUUUAUAAAACAUUUUUUUAACCUGAGAAGCUUUUGAGAGUUGUUGAAUGCCAUUUGAGUCAAAUUGAGUAAUUUAAUUUGCCAUUAUGUUGCAUAGAUGGAUUUAUAUCCAGAUGUUUAUAAACACUGGCAACCCUUUGAGGUUUAUAUUAAUGAAGUAUAUUCUUAUAAACAGGCAUAUGUACUUAUAUAUUUAAUGGAGAUAUUUUCAUCCAAUAAAUGCAAAGAAUAUAUGGAUAAACCAUGCACAUAAAUGAUGUACAGUAGGAACUAAUACUGUUUAAAUACAAAUAAUUCUGUACUAAAUUCUUCGCCCUUCUAUUCUGCUUCUCAAGUCACACAUUAAUGUGUCCUUUUGCUUCAGCUUGCAAUAGUAGUGCUAGUUGUUACUAUGUGUGGUUAGCAUUCGGUUAAAUGACAUCAGGCUUCCCUACACAUCUAUACAUACACAGGCAAAAAGACAGUUCUUUUGCAUUAAUGUAUGAUCUAGUCCAGUCCAUUGACAGGGAGUUUUGCUUUUUAAUAAAGCUUUAAUCUUCUGCUGUCUUAAAGCCCAUUCUUUGUUCACUGCACAUGCAUAACUUGGUUCAGCACGAGUAAUUAGGCACCCUGAGCAAUUUCAAAUGUGUAGGACUAUGUUUUGUUCUUUUGUAUAUACAAAACCUUCAAGGUUCUUUUAACCACAGGGUUGUCCAGGAUUUGUCAGUGGCCGUGCACAAAACCAAAAUACUGCUGCUGACUCGAGACACUUCAGAUUUGGCUGGACUGUGUGCUAGGACAUCUAGUUUAGGUCAUGCUUAGUCUAGAAAGGUUGGGCCAGGUGAUCCUUGAGCUCCCUUCCAACCUGAUAGUCUAUGAUUUUAUGGUGUGUACAACCUUGACUUUUGAAUCUUUUGAAAUACUUUUCCUUGUAUCUGAAUGUACAAGUUGUCCAGUAGAGAGCGAGCUUAUGCAUCAUGAAAGAUCCUGACCAAAGCAAAAGUGGGAAUACAGAAUUCAAAAAGGGGGAUUUGUUAGUUGCAUUUUAAAAAAGAAACUUUUGCAAGACAUUCAUGCUUUCUUUAAUAUAUAUUAUAUAUAUCUUUACAGCUUUCUGUGAGCCUUAAUCUUAAAAAAAGGAGCUAGAUUACAGUCAAAUUAAGUACGAGAGUGGGCUACCACUCUGUUAAAAGAUACGCCUUUUGUUUACUUCUUAAUCAAAGGGGAUUCUUCAUGAUUAUUCUCUUUGGAGUUAGACUGACUUUGAAGCAUCAGUUUAUAUCACUGAGGACAGUUGUGUAAAAAAGAACCAUUUUUUCACACACAUAUUCUCAUGUAGUUUGCAUAUUAAAAUAGGGAAUUUUUUUUGUCACAGGUUGUAAUGAAAAAUGGUGCUUGUCAAAAUACAUAGCGUAAUGCCAGUUAUUGACUUAUACACAAAUACUUAUGCCUCAGUGAUUUUUGUGUUGUUAUUGUACUGGCUGGAUUGUUAACUUUCUAAAGGGAAUCAUAUCUAAGAGAUGAAAUUAUUUUAGACUUUGGACUUGAAACAAUAUUCUAAUGAAGUUAUUCACAAUCAUUCUUCUAUACAAUUCUCUUGUUUUCAGACUCGAAUAGUCUAUUUAUAUUUGCAUUAGAAAUGGAUCUACACUGGAGUUUAAAAUAUAGUUUUGAAGUGCAUAUGUACAUGUGUGAGUGUGUCAGAGUGCAUGUGUGUAUUUGGAUCUCCCUUUCUAUGUAUAUAUAUACAUGUAUAUAUACACAUAAACAUAUAGGGCGUUAUGGUUUACUAAUGUCGGAUGCUGAAGUAUUGCAGUGCUAAGGCCAUCUGUCACAUUGUAUUUUGUUUUCAACUUUCUUUAAAGAGGUGUGAAUGAGUACAAAAAUUACGUUUUAACUUUUAGUCCCCAUUUUACCUGUGUAAUUUCAUAGCAGAUUUUUUUAAACAGCACUUUCUUGUUGUUUUCGUGAAACUUUAUUGGGUUUUUUUUUAAUAGAUACAUAUAUAUUUCCUAGGAACAGACAAAGCAAAAGAAAAGGACCACAAUUUAAAAUUAGCUGAGUGGGGGUUUAUUUAAGAAAAAAAUCCCUUUAUUCUGCACAGAAAGCAGCAUCUUGUGUAAUAUUUUUUUACACAAAGCACUUUGGUGAGGAGAGAAAGUGGGAGUAUGUUUUUCCUAAACCUUACAGAGUAUUCUACAUAUUUAUACAUGCUAACAUAUACGCAUAUGAGCUCCAUUUGCCAUACUGUAUACCUGGCUGAUACUUGCUCUAAAGACAUCUGUUGCAUACCAUGAAAAUAUUUUGAAAGGAUUAGGUACACCUUUUUUCUCUACUAGUAUGUGUAAGUUUGUGAUUUGUUACAGUUAUUUUUCAUAUAAUCGUAAGUUAUAUUUGUCUUGUUUAAUAAAAUUCUUUUUUAUGUAAAAGGUAAAACUGAAAGAUAUAUGUGCAUGGUACAAAAUAAAACUGGAUAAUUGUAACUCAGUAACAUGACUGAUAGAACGUCUUAUUGUGAGAUGCCUUUAAAGAAGACUGCUCCAGCCAUUGUCCUUCACUGUAAAACUACUAGUGCUUGUAUGAAUUAGUAUAAUUAGAAACAGAAAUAAAAAAAAAAAAAAAGAAUCUCAGAGAUUUCUUCUAGAACACACUUGCGCCAGAGUUUUGAGUCUGGAUUUAAUGAUUGUUGUAGUGAGGCUAGAGAUUUGUAGAGAUAAAUGAAUGCCUCAGUGUGUGUGUUUACACCCUGGGUGGAGACACAAAUAAAAGAACAACAUGCAAUUACAUUUUUGUGCUGUGAUGAUUUUUAUUGGUUUCUUUGUUCAUGUGGUUCUACAAUACAACAUGUAAUGGGA